CUCAAUAUCGCGUAGUGCUCCUUACGUAUGUACACACGUACGAUCGUGUUGCGAGAGAAAGAAAACGUCGCUACAAAAUCUCCCAAGAGAACCAAGUUAUUAAUAUUAUAUGAUUCUUUGUGGCUUCAAGAAGUGGAAUGACGCGCAAGGGUAGUUAAAGCCACAAUUCGCAACUGCGCAACGAGCGCGAAGUGCGCCCGUAUUGUUAAAGGGGUGCGGGCUCGGGAUCGCGUGAGUACGCAGUCGCGCGGGAUUCCCCGGGAAUCGGGUCUUUCCGGGUCUGCGACACGGUUUUCCCCUUCAACUCUCGGCUCACUUCAGUAUCCGCGGUAGUCGGUGACGUGCCAUUCGCUCGCUCGCAACAGGUGACAGGAUUUCUCGACUCGGGGUCAGAGAGGACGACUCAGAUUUCGACGAGAGACUCGAAAAUCGGGCAAUAUAGUUGUCACAUUUCGGCUAGUUUUUUAACGUCCGUUGGGAGAAGAAAGGCGAAAGAAAAAAAAGAGCGCUAAGAUUUACGGAGACGGUCGCAAAAUGAGUGUCGAGGACGCCAUCAAUUACUCGCCCAGCGAGGAGGAGGACUAUUACAAGCUGUUGUCCUGCGACGAGAACUCCACGGUCGAGCAGAUUACGGCGGAAUAUAAGGUAUUAGCUCUUCAAUAUCAUCCCGACAAGAAUGAAGGUGAUAAGGAGGCCGAGAAGAAAUUUCAACAAUUAAAGUACGCGAAAGAGGUUUUAUGCGAUCCUGAAAAGAGGAGCAUCUACGACAAAUGGCGAAAUAGUGGCAUCAAGAUCAGUUACAAGCAGUGGCUCGGAAUGAAGGAGCACGUGCAGCAGACUAUGCACUGGAGCACACCGAAGACAAAAGACAGAAUGCUGCCGGAUGCGGGAGGAGAAGCGGGCGGUUCGCCGUCUCACCUCAGAAGUCACCCCACAAACGCGCACAGGAGAGCCUCGGAGGGUGGCGUCAUGAAUCUGUACUAUCGCUCGGGACAGGGCGUACCGUUUCAAGAGCCGAACGAGGUCGUCAGUAAGUUUCGUAAUUAUGAGAUUUAAAAACAGAAACAAAAAGAUCUCCCAGCGUGUACACUUCUCUUUUCGAUGCCGACUUCUACAUAUUGUACCAGACUCUAUGAAAGCAAGAAAAAUGUUAUACUAGACAAAUAUCUACCUGCGUGUAGGGGCGUUGGUCAGAUCGUCGUUAGCAUGCCGUUGUGUGCUUCGUAAGAAUACGCUUCACUAUCUGGAUGAAACUGUUUGUAUCGAUAUUUUUUUUGUCUUACACACGCGAUUUUACAAUCGUAACAUUUUAAUUUUUUUUUAUCACUGCGACGCGAUUAUGUUGUUCUUAAUGUCGUUUCAAAAGAAAACACGACAACUUUAAAUAAUCAUAACUAUGUGAAAUAUAUUUAAUUUAAUGAAAUAUAUUUAAUUUAAAAUUGCAAUUAAAUUAAUUUUCUUAUAUCAGACAUAUUUUUCUCAUGUUUACUCAGAACGCGUACUUGAUCUAACGAACGGUCCUGCGCGCGCGUACGUGCCCGCGAUAAUCGCUCGCACAUAUGUGUCGCCUUCAGAUUUAUAUUUUGUUAUACUAUACUUAAGCACGCGCGAGACGAGAGAGGAAAGAAAAAAAGGAGAAACGCUGGAGGACGUUUGAUAUAAUAUGAUUUACGGUCUCUUUCUCUAUCUCUUUCUCUCUCUCUCUCUCUCUCUGAAAUCUCCCGAGUAAACGUCCGUUUGACUGGUCGCGAAUAUUAUUACACACACGCAAGUCUCGAUCGUGCAAUUCUAUUGUAUGUCUCUUGAUCUUACGAGAUGUUUAGCAACAGAACGUUACAUAUAUAUAUAUAUAUAUAUUAUAUAUUAAACGAUGUAGUAUCGGGGGCUGUAUAGUUGUCUGUGAUUCCGCAAAAAAAAGAAUUUUCCACUAGAGAUUUAAUAAACACUGAUCGUUUCAAACACUUCGGAAUGUCGUUAAACACUUUGGAACGAAAUACUUAAAUGCCCGCCAGGUAGUCGCAAAUUUUUCUCCUGCAUGUUUAGCUGUGCUAUAUCGCUGUGAAUCGUCGUUUUUCACGGCGAUUUAUAUGUAUACAUAUAUGUGUGUGCAUGUGUGUUUUUUUUAUUUUGAUUAAAAAAUCCCCGAUUUAACUGUCGCGUAUCGGUAGCAAUGGUGGAUCAAUCGUCAGAAAAAAGUAAUUUAAUUCCCUGAAUAGGAUCGAAUUUAUUGAAUGCAAUGUUUUAGUGGAAAAAAAUAGAACGCGCACAUGUGUACGUAUCCAUUGUUCUCUGUGAAAUAAAUAAAAAGUCGUAAACACACUGUCAUAAAUAAAUACGUAAAAUAAAAAAUACCGUGAGAAACGUGAUAAUAUUUAUUUCGCACGGAAUAGAAUUUUACUGUGCGCGAAACUGUAACUCCAUAAUUCGUGUUUUUCAUAUGUAUUUUUGUUCGGAAAAUAUUUGUCUCUUCCGCGAGAAUUUUGACAGUGUCACAAGACGGAGCGUUUAAGUAUUUCCUUCUUUCAUAAGAAAGAUCGACGAUGGCGCACUUGUACCUGUAUGUCCAAAAUGUCAAACGCAAACUACAUCGUUCUUUCGCGCCGACGAUUGCGCAAGCAACGCGUCUUUCUUUUUCGGGUAAAGUACAAUCCGAGGUUCACGUUUUUCUAGAAUCGCGGAGGAAAAACGGAAAAAGAGGUUCAGAAUCGAUACAAUUUCUCGACGUCGCGCAAGUGCGAAGACAAAUUUUACGCUGACGAAUAAAAGCAAAGGUCGCUCCCGCGCGCGUUCUAAACACGAGAAAAUUGUAUCGAUGAAUAUUUAUAUACAAUUAAAGAAAAAUAAGGUUCUUAGAGAGCACAUACAUGUAUAAAUAGGUAUUCGCGGAAAUUUAUGCUUUUUACUCGCGUUUCCGCGUGUUUGCGUCUUUCCUCAACGCUCGACACAGCGGUCGAGAAACAAUUCGUCGGUGAACUGCGUUUGACAUACUACUUUCAAGAAUGCCUACUUGUAAACAAUGAUUAGUAAACUAAACUUAGUGACAGUUAAUCGUGAAUGUGUCGAUGUGUAUAUUCUCUCUUACAGUAAUUUCAUUAGUACCGCCUUCUCUCUCGGAAGAGGAGAGUUCGUCCUCUCGUUUUAAAGUAUAUUUGAUGUCAUUUGUGCAUUUCUUCAUUUUUCGAGUAAAGCGCGUCGAAAUAUUCCUCGCUCGCUUGAGGUCAAGCAUAAACGAGAAAAAAAAAAGAAAUAAAAUAUAAUUUUAGAUUUUCCUAUCGAGACAAUUACGGCUCACGCGAUAUUGCACGAAGCGAAUAUCCGACGCGUUUAACUCGAAUAACGCGUUUAGCUGAAUCGGAAGUGACUCCAAUGACAUUAAACGUACGCGCGGUUGUCUCUAAAUCGAUCAAUCUUCUUCCUCGCAAAACAAAAAGAAUGUGAUUCUCGUAACCUCUGGCAAGUUUCUAAAACAUAUCACGGCAGGUCCACAUUCCGUCUUUCCCCUUCGUUUUUCCCGAAACGAAGGAAGACACGAAGCAGUCUUGUGCGAAGCAAGACAGAAGGAUAUAAGCGGGAUAAUAAUUGAGGCUGUUGGAUAAAUGGAGCGCGCUUAUCUGCGCCCACACACACACACACACACACAGAGAAAUGAAUUGAGUAAACGGCUAGUAAAUGUGGAUAAACGGAAAGACGCGAGAAUAGUCUCUAUAUCAUUUUCAGCAGUGAUUUGAUUUCUAUGCUGCUGAAUGAGAUUUUCUAUAUGGAAUUUUACGUUUAAAGAGUUAUGUAACGCAAAAUUCUCUUUCGCAGCUCAAAGGAAAUAACAAACGCAGUGGUUUCUCAACAAUAACGUUUGUUCUUCCAAGAGUCUCAAUUCUCCUACUUGAUCUUAAAUGUCAACCUAACAACAACGAGGAUUUAACUCGUUGCUUACUGCGAUCUGAUCGCGGCGCAACGUCACAAAUACGCAAAGCCAAUAAGGAAGAGGGUCAAGUGGCAAUUACACGGUUAUCUUGUCACAGAAUUAAAUCGCUGUACCAAUCGAGAGUUUCCGUAAGAGCUAUCUGUGGAAUUAGAAAAUAAGAAAAUUCAAAAAGAAGAUUACGAGGAAACAACAAACAUUAUUCGAGAUUAGAAAAUAAUAAGAAAAUAUUGUCAAGAGUUUUUCGAACUCCAAAUUUAGUUUUAUUUUUUUUUUUUUUCUAUAUCGCUUCUAUUGUUUUUUUCUUAGAGCCUCUGUUACAAGGAAGCUAAAGAAAAUGGCUUGCUGCUCGACUCAUCUUCCUAUAUCGACUCUACGUAAGCUAGACGUCGAUGCGCGCGGUCAAUCAAAUUAGUAGAACAUGUAAGCGUUCGCUCGCGCUUCGUGGGAUUCGCCACGCGAUCGAUUCCUCUCUCUGGACUUGCGAGACGCAGAUGCACAGCUAAAUUAAAUGACUUUAUCUCCGACACAAGAGAAUCGUGUCCAAUAAAAUCGUGUAUCUAAUAAAUACACUCGAUAAAUUAUCUGCUGUCAAAUAUAAUUUCGCUUUAUAUUGAACGGGAGCGAAAUUUUAAUUUCAAGUUUUCAAUGUUCAGAUGAAAGUUUUUUCCUUGGAAAAAAUACGACGUUUCGUAAAGAGCGAAUUUAUUCUAUAAUUUUUUUAUACAUAUAUGUUUACGAUACAGAUGGUGCGGUCGUUUCUUUCUCGAUUGCGUCACCACGGACCAUUUCUGUAUACGAAAGACAUGAAUUUAAAGUUUAUAAAAAAUAUAAAUAAUACACAUAAUAAUAUAAAUUUUUUAUUUGUAAUUUACUGGCAUACUGUACGAUACGGGCUAAUUGUGUAAUGUAAUUUGUACUCUAUGACAUAAAUUUUUCAUGUUUUUUAAAAUUUUUACAUUUUUCUCACACACGUGUAAUGAUUAGUUUUUCUUCACAAAAAAUAUCUAGAAUAAAUAUUUAUCAGAAUAAGACCUAAGCAGAUAAGAAUUGGAUAGAGGAAGAGGGUUUUAAUCUCGUCGCGCGAAGAACGCACCACGAAGUUUAUAGAAUAGAUUAAACGGCACCGGGCAACGGGCGUUCACAAAAUGUCUUUAGACUUAACUUUGUCUUCGAAACUUGUUUAAAAACUUUCAAAGAAAGUAGGCAAUUAGGUUGAUAAGUCAUUAAAGCUGAAUGAGGAUAGUUUGAGGAGAAAUAACAAAACAAAACAAAAAUACACAUACUUCAUCGAUUCAGUAUCGCUGAUAACAUGUUAUCGCGCAUGUGUUAGAAAAACAAAAC